AUGCUCGCCACCCCAAAUCCGUCACUUUCAGGCGCAGUGCUGAAUGAGCUUAUCCGGUAUGUGCAACGAAACUCGCAAUACUACCGAGAUCUCUAUCGCGAUAUUCCCGGCGAUGCUUCCUCGCUUGAGCAGCUCCCUGUCAUUGAACAUGCUCGUUUCUGGCUGUCGAACACUUGUAACCCGGAAACCAAUCGUUUAUUAACCAGCACAGUUAUCGAUGGGGGCAUCUUUCGCAGCGGCGGCACUACUGGUGACCCAAAGGUGUCGUUCUACUCGCGUAAUGAGCUGAAUGGCAUCACUCGUGAUCUGGCUGAUUGUCUCAAAAGGGCCGGGUUACAGCCAGGCGACAGGGUUGCAAACUUACUAAGUAAUGGAGACUUGUAUAUGGGUUACCUGCUCAAUGUUUUAUCUUGGGCGGACUCGAGCAUACCUUUUGUUCAACUCCCCAUCAGCACACUAGUGGAGGUAGAGCGGAUGGUCUGGCCCCUGCAAGAGUUCCAGGCCACUGUCCUUAGUGCUAUGCCCACGAUCCUGAUUCGCAUCUCGGAUUACCUCUCCGCCCGCGGCGAGCAACUGCCUAGUGUGCACCUGAUCGUGUACGGGGGCGAGAAUCUACACCAGGAUUCAAAAGCGGUUUUAAAGAAGACAUUUCCAAAUGCUGCCAUGCGGCCGAUGAUGUAUGGAUCUGUUGAUGGAGGCCUUAUCGGUCUUCCUACACAUGACACGACUCUCGAACAUCAAGUCGGAGGCCCGAUAUAUACACCCAAUUCCCCGAGCGUUGUCGUGGAAAUCCUGAACGAGGAUGGGGUCCCAGUCACGGCCAUAGGCCAAACAGGUCCCAUCUAUGUUACCAACCUGACCCGUAGAUUAAUGCCUGUCAUCAGAUACCCUACUGGUGACGUAGCGGAGUGGGUGGACUAUUCACAGAGACUCUUUACUCUCCGUGGGCGAGAUGUUAUUGGUUUCAAGAUAGGCCCAGCGAGCUACGACUUCCGCCACCUUCGGAAUAUAGUUGUGAAGGUUCUCGGGGAUGGCAAUAUUUCAGCGUUUCAGGUAGCGGCAAGGCGGAGUGAUAGAAAGGAUGAACUUGUGUUCCGGAUUGCCAGUCACUUAUCAGAUCACGAUGAAUGGGACAAAAAGCUCGAAGGUGCUUUGAGAGCUGAUACCUUUCAGUACGUAUCUAAUCUUGAGACCGGAAUCAUAAAUCCUCUAGUGGUGGAGUGGGUGGAUAUUGAAGCCAUGCAUACAAAUCAGAGGACAGGCAAGCUCAGAGAUGUUGUCGACGAGAGGGUGUCAUAG